CGAACCCAUCUCCCCGUUUCCUACAGGCACCAUCCCCUACUUACUCACUGGAGGAUUCUCGUCAGCCCCCAGCAACCCUCCCCCUCCCCUUUCAGUCCAGAAAUAAUUUCUGCAUGACUGUCACAAAGAUGUCAUGGCGCCCGCAGUACCGCAGCUCCAAGUUCAGGAACGUCUACGGCAAGGCAGCGAGUCGGGAGCACUGCUUCGACGGCAUCUCCAUCACCAAGAACGUUCACGACAACCACUUCUGUGCCAUUAACCCCAAGUUCCUCGCCAUUGUCACUGAGAGUGCGGGAGGAGGGUCCUUUCUCGUCAUUCCCCUCGAACAGACGGGCCGAAUAGAUCCUCUUUACCCGAAGGUCUGUGGUCACCAGGGAAAUGUUCUGGACAUUAAAUGGAACCCAUUCGUGGACAAUGUUCUAGCUUCUUGUUCCGAAGACACUUCCGGUCUAGAAUUUAUGUCCCGAGAUGUUACUAAUGAUGGUGAAAGUUUUGAGGAUAAUUGUUUAAAUGCCAGUGAAAUUUCACAGAAGCAUUGA